AUGGUCAGGAAUGCUCCCGCGGUCGUGGUUAGUCGGAAGUUGGAUGCCACAGUCGCCAUUGAAACUGAACCAUAUUUUACGGUUCCUUUCCAAGACACAGGGUGUUUGGGGCGACGGCGCUGCCUCCGAAAGUUAGAAAAGCGCCUCCGUCCGUAUUCAGGUGAACAUCGUCGAGUGGCCCUGGUCGGGAAGGCCGGAUACGGGAAAACUAAAAUAGCGGCCGAAUUUGCAUUCCAAUUUCGCCUAAGGUAUCCGAAUAUAUCGGUGUUCUGGGUGCAAGGUGCCUCCAGGGCCAGCUUCGAGCGUUCAUAUCAGAAGAUCGCCGAAAGGGCAAAGGUCCCACAACAACCUGCGGACGAAAACAUUCUGGAUUCGGUGAAGAGAUGGUUGGAGGAUGAGACCAAAUACCCUUGGCUCAUGAUUGUCGAUCAUGUAGAUAACUGGAGCCAAUUGGCAGGACCCGAUCAAACAGCUGCAAAUCCAAACAGAGAAGGUCCGGCCCGAUACAUACCCAAAGGAACGAACAACUGUGUUCUUAUUACAACAAGACUCGAUGGGUUUAUUGGCAACCUCGGUUGCACGAGGUCUAUCGAUGUUGACGGAAUGACACCAAAACAGGCGGCGAGACUGCUCCGAAAACACGUACAACCUCGGGAAAAGAACGCGAGCAAGGAGAUUUCGGAGCUUAUGAAGGAGUUGGAGCUCUCGCCACUAGAGAUAACGCGAGCAGCAGUGGCAAUAUCGAACGGCUGCCUAAGCAUCCAAGAGUACACAGAACGCUUCAAGCGUGACAAUGACGACAAGACCGUAUCCACAAGGACAACGCAGAUAUUGUUCAAACUCAUAGAAAGCCGGGAGGAAGAGUUAGUGAAACGCGAGAAGCGGAGACAGGGCGAGCUAACUGGAGAGUCUCGGAAAGCGAGAGCAUCGGAGCAGGAUGCGCCAUCUACAUUCACCAUGGACAUCUUGUCUCUCAUGUGUUUCCUUGACCCUCACGAACUUCCGCGGCGGCUCUUGCUGGGUCAAGAUCCCCUAAAUUUUACCAUGGCUAUGUCGAUUCUGAAAUCCUUCCGCUUGGUCGAGAUGCAAAGGUCUGGCGAGUUCUCGCUAGCGUCGCAGGUCAGAGACGCUGCACGGGCGAGGCUCCAACUGCAAGAUACAGAAGCCGAAUUCCGCAAGCAGGCUCUGGCGCUAGUGGCUGGGGCACUCAACCGCGAGUACAGGGACUACGAGGAGUUGGAGUACUAUCACUCACUUCUGCCACACGCGGACGCCGUCCUUGACGCCUACAAGGAGAGGGAGCCCGAUGAGGACGACUCACACUCCCUCAAUAUAGUCAGGUGUUAUCAACACGCAGCCUCUAUACAAAAUCCGCCAGGUAGCCCAGACGAAGUUGAGCGACGUAUACAGAGAUUGAAGGGGUUAAUGCGGCGCCGUCUCGCUGACCUUGAUGGUGAUAGCAAGGAAGAGUACGGAAAACUCAGACGGGAUGUCAAGAAACUCGAAAAGGAAGUUCAAAGGCAUGCCUAUAAUCAUGGCCUGCAGUUCGAUUCCCUUAGGCAGAGUCUCACAGCUCGACAAGGAACUUAA